GGGCUGGGACACGGGAGAAAAGGGAUCAGGGGUGCGAGCAGUUUCUCUGCUGUUGAUAAGGAAGCCGGCUCUGAAGUUCUGCUAUGGAUGUCUUUGCUCUCUCUGGCCACAAACUUACCUUGUAGACCAGGCUGGAUUGGAUUCCACUCACCUCUGUUUCCCAAGCUCCAGGAUUAAAGGUCUCACUGAUCAGCAAAACCUACUCACCUGUUGAGCAGAAAAAAAGUGCCCUAGAAGAUGGAGAGUGAGGAGACAGGAGCUAAAGGUGCAGGUCAGCAAGCCAUCUAUUCAUUGUUCCUGAAAGAGAAACUCAAAGAACAGAAACAGAAAGAAAUGGCUGAUUCUGCAGUUAAUCUGUCCCAGGGUCUAUUGACAUUCUGGGAUGUAGCUGUGGACUUCUCCCAGGAGGAGUGGGAAUGCCUGGACUCUGCUCAGAGGGCUUUGUACAUCGAUGUGAUGUUGGAGAAUUAUAACAACCUGGUCUCUGUGGAGAACUAUUGCAUAUGUGAUCCUGUCCAUCACCAUGUGAAUAAUGAAAAGAAGUCUUGUCAGUGUACUGAGCUUGGCAAAAUGCUUCAUGACCACUGCAAAUAUGCACUUUAUAGAACAAGUGAAACUACAGAAAAUUCUAAUAACUACAGAUGCAAUAAUCACAGGGAUGCCUCUAUUGACUCAUCAAACCCAGACAGACAUGAAAGCAUGCACAAUGGAGAAGAACUUUCCAAAUCUAAAGACUGUGAGAAAUCUUUAAAUUUGUGUUCCAACCUUACUCAAGAUCAGAGACUGGACACUGCAAAGAAAGAGCACAGGAAGGGAGAAUAUAAUGACGAUUUUGACUGUACAUUCAGUCAUUUGCAACAAAAAUUCUACAUUGGAGAGAAACCACACCAUUGUGGAAACUGUGGGAAAUACUUCAGUACUGCUUCAAGCCUCACUGAACAUCAGAGAAUUCAUACUGGAGAGAAGCCUUACAAAUGCAAGGAAUGUGACAAAUGCUUUACUGUGAAGUCAACUCUUACAAAGCAUCAGAGAGUUCAUACUGGAGAGAAACCGUACAUGUGCAACAUUUGUGACAAAUCCUUUACUCAGUACUCAAGCCUUAAAACACAUCAAAGACUCCAUACUGGAGAGAAGCCUUACAAAUGCAAGGACUGCAACAGAUCCUUUACUCACUAUUCAUCAUUUACAAGACAUCAGAAAACUCAUUCUCUAGAAGAAUUGUACAAAUGCAAAGAAUGUGGUAAAUCCUUUCUUGAAUUAUCACAUCUUAAAAGGCAUUACAAAAUCCAUACUGGUGAGAAGCCUUACAAAUGUGAGGUAUGUGACAAAUCCUUUACUAUGUCCUCAAAUCUUAGAAAUCACCAGAAAAUUCAUACUAGAGAGAAACUUUACAAAUGUAGGCAAUGUGACAAAUCCUUUACCCAGGACUCAUAUCUUAGAAUACAUCAGAGAAUUCACACUGGAGAGAGACCUUACAGAUGUACGGAAUGUGACAAAUCAUUUACUGAGUGUUCAACUCUUAAACAACAUCAGAAAAUUCAUACUGGAGAGAAACCUUACAAAUGUAUGGAAUGUAACAAGUCCUUCACCCGUAACUCACAUCUUAGAACACAUCAGAAACUUCAUACUGGAGAAAGACUUUGCAAAUGCAAAGAAUGUGACAUGUCCUUUAUCCAGAUUUUGAAUCUUAGAAGACAUCAGAAAAUUCAUAUUGGUGAGAAAAAUAUCAUUGCAAAUAAUAUGAUGUAGAUUUAUCUCGAAUUCUUGUUUAGAAAACACAACAAUAGAAACAAAUAUAAGAAACUUGUGAAUGCCUUAAAUCUUAAAAAAUUUCACAGGGUUUAUAUGAAAAUAAAAUUCUGCAAAAGU